UGGUCGCCCGCGAGGGUGGCGGGCAGCCCCGGAAACAAUCUGUGCCCUCGGUCACCUGGAGCUGGCGAGGUGUCCUCCGCGGUGCAGAGAUUGGCUUCUUUCCAAACUGAGGUGGUGGUAUAAUACCUCAUUUUUGAGCCAGCAGCGCCUACAGUUCCUUUUUGGACUCCUGUGAUAAGAAAAACUACUGGCGGAAGUUAACUACUGAAGCCCCGACAGACCUGGAAUGGCCAAAUAUCAAGGUGAAGUUCACAGUUUGAAACUGGAUGAUGAUUCAGUCAUAGAAGGAGUAAGUGACCAAGUACUUGUGGCAGUUGUGGUCAGUUUCGCUUUGAUUGCUACCCUGGUAUAUGCACUUUUCAGCAGAAAUGCACAUCAAAACAUUCACCCAGAAAACCAAGAGCUAGUACGGGUGCUUCGGGAACAACUUCAAACAGAACAGGAUGCACCUGCUGCUGCCCGACAGCAGUUCUACACUGACAUGUACUGUCCGAUCUGUUUACAUCAAGCUUCCCUCCCUGUUGAAACAAACUGUGGACAUCUCUUUUGUGGUACCUGCAUUGUGGCGUACUGGCGAUACGGGUCAUGGCUUGGGGCAAUCAGUUGUCCAAUCUGUAGACAAACGGUAACUUUACUGCUAACAGUAUUUGGUGAAAAUGACCAGUCUCAGGAUGCUGUAUCAUUGCAUCAAGAUAUUAAUGAUUAUAACCGGAGAUUCUCAGGGCAGCCCAGAUCUAUUAUGGAAAGAAUUAUGGACCUACCCACUUUACUGAGGCAUGCAUUCAGGGAGGUGUUUUCAGUCGGAGGCCUUUUCUGGAUGUUCCGUAUCAGGAUAAUACUUUGUUUAAUGGGGGCUUUUUUCUAUCUUAUAUCGCCUCUAGAUUUUGUGCCUGAAGCCCUGUUUGGAAUUCUAGGCUUUCUCGAUGAUUUCUUUGUCGUCUUUUUGUUGCUCAUCUACAUCUCUAUUAUGUACCGAGAAGUAGUAACACAGAGACUCAACAGAUGAGAAAAUGAGUGCACUAAAAUAUUUGAGCCAAUGUGUAAAAUCAAACAAAAGGACCAUGGCAGUUUAAAGCAUUUGAAUAUUAUCUUACAAGUUUAAAACCACUGUAUGACAAACAUUUGAUUGUCAUUUGGCAAAUGCCUAGCAAUAUAUGACUGGAAUUUUUACACGUUGCAGGUUCCAAUAGUACGGUUAGAAUUAUAGUGAUUAACAACUGUAUCUUCAUUCUGUGUUGUCUAUAAAGUUGUGGAAAAAAUAUGGAAUUAUAUAUAAAAUGGGAUGCUUCUAUAUCUUCUCCCCCACCAAACUAUUCAGGUUAACUGGAUGUAUAGUAAGGUAUU